UCAGAAGAAAAGACCCAAUUGGUUCAUUGCGGUUAACUGACAUUUCUCCCAAAACACCAAUUCCCAAAUUUUGUCAUCUCUCUCCCCUUUUACAAUUCUUUCCGAUUUCGUCGGAAAUUGAAAAGGAAACCCUAAAAUUAGCCAAAAAAACGGAUCCGGAAGUGAGGAAAAUGCCGUCGCAGAUUCUCCAAAUCUCACAACUUCCACCUAAAUCCUCAUCAUCAUCCACGCAGAUGAUGUUCAAGUCUUUGAUCUACGAUGACCCUUCUACGACCCUCCUCCCUUCUUCUUCUCGAUUUGAUGAUAACCACAACUCCGUUAAGCCUCUCCUCUCCCGCGCUUCUAGCUUCAACGGCGCCGUCACUGCUACAAACGGUGGUGGGUUAACUGGCUGGUUUCAAAACAGACGGAGACGAUCUAACAGCGAUAACUGUCUCUCUGCGUUUCAAGAUCAUACUAAUGGAAGCGACGGUGGUAAUAGCGGCGGUGACCGUCAAACUAUUGGUCAGGAGGUUGGCCACGCCGCUGCAGAGACCUUCUUGUUGACUCGUCUUUGCUUGAAGCUCUUAAGCUAUCUUGGGGUAGGUUAUAGAUGGAUUACAAGAUUUAUGGCACUUGGAUGUUAUGCAUUUCUACUAAUGCCUGGCUUUAUUCAAGUCGGAUAUUACUAUUUUUUCUCUCCUUACGUUCGCAGAAGUAUAGUUUACGGUGAUCAACCAAGAAACAGGCUUGACUUGUAUCUACCUAGGAACUCCAAUGGUCCAAAACCAGUUGUGGCGUUUGUGACUGGUGGAGCCUGGAUUAUUGGUUAUAAAGCGUGGGGUUCUCUUUUGGGACAGCAGUUAUCUGAAAGAGACAUUAUUGUGGCAUGCAUUGAUUACAGGAAUUUUCCGCAAGGAUCUAUUAGUGACAUGGUCAAGGAUGCUUCUUCUGGCAUCUCAUUUGUUUGCAAUCGUAUUGCUGAGUAUGGAGGUGAUCCGAACAGAAUUUAUCUGAUGGGUCAGUCUGCUGGUGCACAUAUCGCGGCUUGCACCCUUGUAGAGCAGGUCAUUAAAGAGUCAGGGGAGGGGGAUAGUGUCUCUUGGAGUAGUGGACAAAUAAAUGGUUACUUUGGUCUAUCUGGAGGGUACAACCUUUUGAGCCUUGUGGACCACUUCCAUAGCAGGGGUCUGUACCGUUCCAUCUUUCUAAGCAUCAUGGAAGGAGAGGAAUCAUUAAGGCAAUAUUCUCCUGAACUAGUAGUGCAAAACCCAGAUCUCAAACACAUUAUUGCUCGUCUCCCACCUAUUAUCCUAUUCCAUGGUACUGCUGACUACUCCAUCCCUUCAGAUGCAAGUAAAUCUUUUGCGGAAACCCUCCAGAGGCUUGGAGCGAAAGCAGAAGUGAUCCUUUAUGAAGGGAAAACUCACACGGAUUUGUUUCUUCAGGAUCCGAUGAGAGGUGGCAAAGACGAGAUGUUUGAAGAUAUAGUAUCAGUAGUUCUGGGAGAAGAUCAAGAAGCUACUGGUAAAAGCGUAGACAGAAGGCGUCUUGUGCCUGAAUUCAUGUUGAAGUUGGCUCACUGGGUCAGUCCGUUCUAACUCCGACACUCUUAUCUCCCAAAAGAUCAGAUGAAGUAAAUUCCUUUUUCCAAGAUACUGACACGCCAGUGUGCAUAUUACUUAACAAGGAAGCAGAUUCAAUAUACUCUAACGACAGAUGUUUGAACUUUGAUGAUGAGGAGGAAUUGAUGAUAUUGUAUCCCAGUUUGCAUUAUUUUGUCAUACAGUGUGUUAUUUGUAACAACAAAUGCAGUAAAGAAACAAGUCUUUAUUGACUUUUUUUGUCUCA